ACCCUGCGUAGGAAAGGACUCGGACUUGAUGGCUCAGAGCUUGACAGCGAGGAGAGCAUGCAGGUGGCGGCGGACAAGUAUCCUCUAAGUGAGGGCAUGGAUCUCUCUGUGGCUCGCCAGCGCUUCUAUGGUCCCUCUCUGCUCUCGCCAGAGGCACAGUUCCUCGUGUCUGCAGGUUGCGAGAAUGGUUUUCCCAAUUCAUCCGGAUCCGGCAUGACCUCCCACAGACCCCCGAGCUUUAAAUCUCUAAACUCCAGAUCCAGCUCGGCCAGUCCUGCUGCACCCCAUGCACACACUGCAUUCAUGUCUCCACACUCGGAGUACAGCCAGCCUGGUUUUUAUCACUCAGUCAGUUUACAACGAGGAACAGUAAACCCCUGGCAAGCGGCGCAGCCACCUCAGGAGCCUCAUGGGCCUCAUAUAAAUCCUGUAGGGUCCAGCGGGGGAUGCUCUUUCCCCUCUCAGUCCUGCACGCCAACCUCUCCGCAUCUGCCGUCCCUCAACCUCAACAUCAAAUCGGAGCGUAGCUCUCCCGAGCACAUGGCCUCACCUACCUCCCCUCCUCUGCACCACCUCAGGCAGCAUUCUCCAAUGAGCAACCCCGAUUCAGCUCGUCAUACCCCUCCAGAUAGCCAUCCAGCCAAUGGCACGAAAGAGUUUGCCAAAACCAGCUACCCACAAGACCAAGAGGAAGGAGGGCAGUCGCUCCGGCAGUUAGAGAUGAGCGACGGCUGGCAGAGAUAGCCAGCUGCUCCGCUCUACAACCCACUCUCAGUCAACAUCUGUCUUCAGACAAAACCAUAAAGGGUCGACGUAUGCCUCUCUUUGUCUCCUCAAACAGAGCUGGUCUCUCCUGGGCAGUGGAGAAUUCUUCUCUGCAUCACUUGCUUGAUCCCACGAGGAGAUAGAUGCAUACAGACUUUUGCUUUUUGUUUGGUUAGGGUUAGUUUUCUGUGUGGAGCUAAUGUGAAUCAAAAGUACAAGUUGGAAAUGUGAUUGUUUUCUUGUGACUUUGUUGAAGUUGGGCACAGCAGCAGUGUGGGACCAACUGAAUUUCUCUGAAGUGCACAUAUGAAAAAAAACAAACGUCCAUACAUAUUCAGCUUUCAAAGCCAAAAUAAAAAAUAAAUAAAUUAAAAAAAAUAGGAGGUACUAAAAAAGUAGCUUGACUGGGGUUUUAUGUGAUAAGGUUACACAACAGGGCAUUUAAUUGGAUACGUUCUUAAAAUAAAAGUUUUUUUUAGUUAUCACAGUUUCCUUUUUCUCCUUUCAGAUGUGAAAAUACCUUCGUAAUGGAAUUUUAAUGAGAGAAAUCUAGGUAUGAAAGCCACUGUCUAUUUUUUUCUUUAACAACACAUAAAAUUCAGCUAACGGGAGGUUUCUUCUGUCUGAAUUAUUUGUUUUAUCCAGACAAUGUUGCUUUACAAAGCACCUUCUCAUGUUAAAGUAAAGGCAUCCUCUGUAGAGAAACAAAGAAAAAGGAAGUUUCGCUCUGAAAAUAUCCCAACUUAAAUCAGACUGCCGUAGCCUCAGAUUGUCCUUCUGUGUCUUGGCCCCACAUCUCUUACAAAUGAUUCACAACAAAAGAAGAUAUUUGCAGAACUGGAGGGACAUUUUGCAGCAGUAUCCUCUAAAAAAAAAAGAGUUGAAAAAAUGUGAACCCGCCCUUUUAAGAUUCUGGGCAUCAGUCUGUGUCAGAGAUUAGGUCAAUGAGCUCUUCGGGAUGUAAAAAUGGUUUUCUUUUUCAAG